UUUUAAGAAGAGGAAGUCUUGUUUUGUUUACGUUUUGGUCGAACAUGAUAACAAGGUAACAUCACCACAGUGCCUAGUUGCAACCCGUGCAACAGGAUAGAAACCCAGACUGGAAUAACGUCACGUUACCUAAUGUGGAGAGACAGGAAAUUUCCGGAAGUUUCAGUUGCAGUAGAGGCUGGGAUACUCACCAAGUAUGAUCCAGCAUCUCAACGAUAUGAAUGUGCGGUGUGUUCAAAGACUGGUUUUGGUGAUGUCAUGCCUCAUAUGGCAAGUUCACAGCAUAAGAAUUCUGCUGCUUGGGAUAUCAUCCGUGCAAAGACCACAAAUGAGGCAAUGUUGAGUUUCCUUUCUGAAACUGUCAGAGAGGCAAAAAUUAAUGAUGAGAUUGAUGCCGUUGACAGGGAUGUCUUUUCAUAUCAAUGUAAAAUAUGUAUUGGCAAAAGGCCUUUCAAUGGGUUAACUCCACUUGAGUCACAUUUGUGUGGUAUAGAUCAUCAUAAGAACAAAAGUAGAAGAGCAAUGAGUGUUACCAUGAAACUAAAAUAUGAUUCAUCUCCAAUACCAAAUUAUUCAGCUACACCCAAAAAUCAUCAGGCUUCAAGUCCUUCUGAAUACCAAACUGCAGGAGGCUAUGCACAUGAAGGAGGUGCAAGAUCAAAACGCAAUCAAUACUGGCCACCAAAAACAUUACCCGAUUCAUUACAACCCCUAGCCAAUAGAUGUACUAAUCCAACUGGAGGAACAGUUCUGAGAUCUUCACCAACUUCUUAUAGCCAAGAAGAAUGUUUUCCUCAAGAGGUUGUAGAUGCCCUGAAGUCCAACGUAGUUGUUGAAAAAGAAAAAACAGGAAGCUGGACAUCUUACUUUUGUAGAGCAUGUAAUGUUCCUCUUACUGGUCUUAAGCCUCUCAUGCAGCACUUGGAUAGUGCCAAACAUCAAAAAAGAUUGACUGGAUCGCAAUUGCUUCCACAAAAAUCUUCUGGACCAAGCAAUGAAUCUUCUGGAGCUGAUGUACAUGACUUUGGAGCUGUAUAUUCACUCAGUGCUUCUGCUGCCGAAGCUCUUAAGAGUGGUGUUGUUGAAGAACGAGAUUGUGGUUACUUUUGUAAAGUAUGUAAUGUUCCCCUAACUGGACCAAUGCCUCUUAGUCAGCAUGCUGAAAGUGAAAAGCACAGGAAAAAAGCUGGGGUUGAACUUAACAGGAACAUGACAAGGUUAAUGGUGCAAGAUGCUUCAGGUCAACAUGUUAAGGAGGAUAGUGAAUGGCAGCAAAAUCAACAGAAUACGCCUAUUCAAAAGGUACAAAUUGCAUCAGAUUCUGAAAUCAUUACUCCCUGGCAACAUCAAAGAUACCAAAAUCAAGAGGAGGCUUGUAAUGAAGAAACUGAGACUGAUGAUCUAGUCUGCCACCAAUACCCUACUUCUGCUGAUAAUUCUAUUAAGGAAGUUCCUGUUCAGCAAAUUAAACAUGGUACUAAUGAUCAGAAAACAGUGACCUUUAAUGAGUCACAAAUGGUUACUGCCAUGAAUGCCUUAGAGUGUGUUGAAUACUUUGAGCACAAGGAAUCUUCAGAAUUUUGUCAAUUUAUAACUUCUGAAUUAAACAAACUUGAUCCUGAUCUUUGCAAAAAGGCUAAACGUAAAAUACAGCUUGUGCUUUUUGAAUAUCAAGACAUCCAAGAACAAAGAGAUGGUAAUUCCAGUCAGGAUCCUUGGUCUUUGACAACAGCAAGUUAUGCAAACACUUUGUUUUCUCCUAGAGAUUUUAUUUCUGAAAUUCGAACUGUACAACCAAUUGGAACCCCCAAAAAUUUACAUGAUCUUUUUUGAUCUAACAAUUGUUAUUUUGGUUAAAAAAAGAAUUGUUCAUUUGUUUUGACACAAACCUAUUACAGUAUAGUGUAGCCUAAUCCUGCAGUCCACAGCUUUCCAGAAUUCCUCCUGGUCUGAAAAGACAUUAAAACUCCAAAGUUCUUAGCUGUUAGAAAACAGCUUCUCCUUGUACUAUGUUCUUUCCACAACGUACCUCUUGUCUUGGGUACUCCCAAAUUUUAGCAAUUUCACUCUUCAUUUUCAUAAUGAUUAUAUUUUCAGUAGUAAUUUCUUGUUCAUUUUGUACUUUCCAAUAUUGGUAUAUUUUCAUUUCACGUUCAUCCUUGGCAUUGCUACUAUUUCAGUUUGGUAUGUAAUUACAGUGUUAAUUAUACUAUUUUGCUUUGGAGUAGACAACUUGUGGCAACAGGUUUUUUUAAUUGGUUUUCAUUUUUUUUCCAAUAAUCCAAUUAUAAUAUUUUUAAAAGCUGAAAUUCAGUAAGAAAAUCAAAACUUUAUUAUUAAUAAGGCCAUCCUUUGGACUAGCCCACAUAGAGCUAAAUAAGUUAGCUCAGUAAUCUGAUUAAACUGUCCUUAAUGCUUUAUUCCCACUGACUGCAUUUGAAUUGGCUGUACUCUUUGAUGAUAGCAGCAUUAGGUUUAUCUUAUUCUAGUAUGCUGCAACAUAGGUACACAGUAUUUGAAUAUCCAAAGUAAACAGUGCAUUUCAGUUCAGCCUGUCAGAAAGUUCUUUGUCUUAUUUCUAUACAUACUAUAUGGCACAAGUAUGUUGACUAGAACCGACUUUAAAGGUACUUAUAAUUGGUCAAAAGAAAAGUUACUUUGUAUGAAUUGAGGUGCUGUAAUAAGUAUUUAACUUCUUUUAAGGACAGGAGUUUGCCUUAGGUCCCUGAGGGUUCAGAUACUCAUUCAACCUCAACUCCCUUGGACUUAUUUCUAUAGUUCAAACAUGGAGACUGACCUUAGUACCCUAGGACCCAAAGGCAAAUUACUUUCAGGUUUUUAUAAAUUAUACAGAACUGUAUAUGGAUGAAUAGCAUUUUUGGACCAAAAGGCUACUUUCUUUUAUGUUCCUAUUCACAAUAUCCCAGAUUUGUGAAUAGAACAUAAAAGAAAGUAGCCUUCAGGUCCAAAAAUGCUAUUCAUCCAUAUAGUUCUGUACAUUUUCUAAAAACCUGAACAUAAUCAGCCUUUGGGUCCUAGGGUACUAUUUAUUCCAAAUAGUUCUGCAUACUAAGGUCAGACUUCAUGUUUUAGCUAUAGAAAUGGGUGCAAGGGCUUGAGUUACUGUACGGUCCCAAUUAUGCAAGAAUUUGGUUGAUCCAUGGGCUCGCAGGACUGGCAAAUCGCAGAUUUUUAUACACAUACCUUAUGGGAAUAAUUCCAUUAGGGCCAAGGCAAAUAGCAACUUACCCAGUCAAACUUUUUUAUACUACCCAUUUUCAAUACUUUCUAUGUACACUAUACUGUAAUUUUUUCUAAUAUGAAAUUGUUCUUAUGGAUGAACAAAACAUUAAAAAGGAUUUAAUAACUUGAAAAAGUUUAAAAUUAUAACCAGGAUGGUGAAAACUCCCACACGUAAACACUGCCACCAUUGGGUGCAAGUGUACUGUACGAUAUAGUCGUUUCCUUUGAAUAAACUUUUUGAAUGGAAUUUCCUCUACCUGUACGCUGCCAAAACACCUUUAAAAUUCUCUAUCUCAUCCUCCAUGAAGAGUUCUUCUGCUGAAGGAAGGCUUUGUGAACCAUUUGAGGUUUCAGGGACUGGCAGAUCAUGCGUGUCUUCACUCCCGUUAGGUCUAACAAACUUGGUUAGGAGCGCCUAUCUAGUUUCUGUGUCUGUCACAUUCACUGUGUAAUUGUUUUCAUCUAAAUUUAUUCUACAAUAAAAAAGAACUGAUGAAAAUUUAAAAUUUUAUAUGAAAUUACAAUUUCUUAAAAAGGAAUGAUAAGAAUUCAAAAUUCAACAUAAAAUGAGUUUCUUGAAAAGUUUAGAUCGAACAAUUCACUCUCUCAAACACAUCUGCUUCUCUGUCAGUUACUUUUACUAAUCAUUUUCAUCAAAAUCUAUUUCAACAAUACAAAAAAAAAUGAUCAAUUGCCAAGUUAGUCAAAACAAGUUAACCUAGACAAAAAAUUCUUACUUCAUGCUCAGCAAUGACGGAUUUCAAGUUGUCAACUACUGCCAAAAUAGAAGUUGCUCUUUCCUUCGUCAUUGCUGAUCAUGAAGUAAGAAUUUUUUUUGUCUAGGUUAACUUGUUUUAACUAACUUUUGGGAUUUAAUCAUACAUUUUUUUAUAUUGUUGAAAUAGAUUUUGAUGAAAAUGAUUAGUAAAAGUGAUUAACAGAGAAGCAGAUGUGUUUGGGAGAGGGAGAGAGAAUCAUUCGAUCUAAACUUUUCAAGAAACUGUCAUUUUAUGUUGAAUUUUGAAUUAGGUCUUCCUCUUUGACUUCUAGGCAGAGGCAUACAUGAUGCGGAUGAUCAUAAUACACUUUGCAGAUCUGGAUAAUACGUAUGGCAAUGAUGAUGAUACCGAUCAUUCAUACACACUGUGCUAUGAUGUCACAAAUGCAUUAGGCGGAGCCUUCUGUCUUAGCUAAUGGGUGAGCAGAAGCCUUCAGAAUACACUUCACAGAUCUGAAUAAUACCUAUGGCAAUGAUGAUGAUACCGAUCAUUCAGAAUACACUGCGCAGAUCUGAAUAAUACGUAUUGAGAUGAUGAUGAUACCGAUCAUUCAUACACACUGCGCUAUGACGUCGCAAAUACGUGAAGCGGAGCUUUCAGUCUUAGCUAAUGGUUGAGCAGGAAAACUCUCUCUCACAUUCCCUCCCUACCCCUUCCCUCAGAUACCAGUGAACCCCCCCCCCUCCCCCACAAUACAUACUUGGAAAGACAAGAUUUGAUACAUUUGUGGUGCAUAUCUCGCAGACUUUGAAUGGCUUCGCAGAUACAAAAAAUCUAUUUUUGAGAACUAGCAACCAUAUAAAAGGGGAAUCUCACAAUCUGAUCAUGCAUAUUUCGAGACCAGACUUAUUAGUUGUAGGAUGGCCACAGCCCCUCAAAAUUUCACUGGGGUUCCCAGUGAAAGUUUUGGCCCACAGAAGGAACAUCAGGUUGUUGAGGAACUUUGACAACUGGCCAAUUAUAGCAUCAACAGCAGAACUAUAUUAAUGGAGUAUAUUAUCUGGGCCUGGUGGUCAAUUGGGGCUGAUCAGAUUUUAUCCUUUUCUCAACCAAAAUGUCAUUUAAUAUAGGCAUCAAGUUGGACCCUACCCCAUUAAUGCAUGCCCAUCUUGGGACAGAAUCCAAUGGUUGCAGCCUUUUUUUGAGAAAGCCGCAAAGUCACAGUGUCCAUAGCAAACUUUUGACAGACUUCUAGACUAUCUGACUUUCCUAGGAAACUUAGUUCCUUCCAGUUGCUGCUGACUGAGGUCUCUACAACUGCAGCAGAACAGAAGUUAGUCAACUGCUUUUCAUCCAGGCAGUCACAGUUCUAAUCAAUCACGAGGUGCCCAAAUUCAUCACUAUGUCACUUCAUGCCAAUAGUCUUAGGUCAAAGGAGAACAUAUAAACCUGUUGGAGUUGAAGACAGUUGCCUUAACUCUUUGACAUUGAAAGAACAGGCUGCUGGCAAAGCUAUAGUAUACCUAAUAUUAUACCUCUUGCCUACUUGAGGGGAAAAAAGGGGAAGGAAAUCCUUGUCAAUGUGCCCUUUAUGCAUUCAAAUCCUACAGUGGUCAGAGGAGAUAUAAACUACCAUGCAGAUUCCUCAGUUCAUCUUGGGAAGAAAAAGUAGUGGCAGAUACAUUGAGCAGAAAAGACAAGACAAUUCCAGCUAAGUGGUUCCUGCAUCCAAACAUUGCUAAGAACUGUGUAAGUUAUCAGGCAAUCAUGUAGUGGUUCUCAUUGCCAUUCAUCUUAACAAAAAAUUCCAAAACUGCAAAUAUCGGAGAAACUUGGGCCUUCUAGCACCUAUUGUAUGACAUUGUUAUCACUGAUAUGUUCAAGAUGGACAGGUUCUUUUGGUAUCACCAAAAAUGAAGUUGAUAUAGCAACUUCAGCUAUUCCAGAAACUGUUUUUAGUUGUCUGUUAAAUGUUGCCAGGUCUGGGAACAAAGCUGUCCUCAACAAACUUUGUUCCCAGUCCUGGCAAUAUUAACAGACCUGAAGUUGAUAGAGUAACUUCAGCCAUUCCAGAUGUCUUUGGUAGUCUCUUAAUAUUGCCAGGUCUGGGAGCAAUUAACAGACCACCAGCCAGCUUUGUUCCCAGACCUGGCAAUGUUAACAGAGCAUCAAAGACAGCCUCUGGAAUUGCCAGUUACUCCAUCAACCUCAAUUUGGGUGAUACCAGAGAAUCUGUCCAUCCUCAAUCUACACACUGGAGACUUAUUAUUAGAUCUAUCCUUAAAGGUUUUUGGCUCAAACUGCUAGUCAUUUUCAGUCCAACCAAGUAAUCCAUUUCCAGGCUAUACCAAUCAGUGGAAAAUCCUCUUAGACUGGUGUAGCAUAAAUGGUGACCUGUUCCAUGCUAUACUAUGUCUCAGUGAUUUAUCUUUUGCAUUUGUCUAGUUAAGAGGCAGUGUGUUGAGGACUAUAAACUAGCAUUAGUCUAAGUGUUUGAAUGAAGGGUUAUUAACGUAGCUGCUUCCAGUGAAUUGAGAAGAUUGUAUCAAAGCUUUUAAGAGGGGUAUACUACCCAACUCUCACCAGUUUAAGAGAUUCACACCAAAGUAUGUGAUUUUAGUAGCCCUUGCAUCAGCUAAUGAAUUACACACACAUGAUCUCAUCCAUUCUCACGGAGCGAGUUACAUAGCUAGUUUUGUACCCAAGAUGUAGUCUUCCACAUAACCCCAGCUUACAUCUUACGCAUGCAGGUAGGGAAUGAAAAUAAUCUCAUCCUUUGCCCCAUGACAGCUGUAAAGAUAUGGCUUUGAAAAACAGCUUUUAGGAAAGAGGAUGAUAGUUAUUUUUAUCCAGCACAAUAAAGUGUCAAAAAAUACUAUUAAUCGGGGGGGGGGGGGGGG